CUUUGAGAUGCUGAACGGUACAGCAAACUCCGGGGCUGUCUCGCUCCAAUCAUCACCUGUGAAAGUGUCACCAUCAUCCGUGAAGGUAUCUUCUAGUCCAGUGAAAGCAUCACCGAGCCCAGUAAGGGCACCAUCAUCACCCCUAAAGUCCUCUUUAUCCCCAAGUGGGAGACAGAGGUCACCCAGAAAAUGCCAAUUUGCUGCGCCCGCUGAUGACUCAAAGGAUAAGUGCGGGACAUCAUGGCUCUGUCGUAGAGGUGCUGGAGUGGAUGGCGACGCUAGUGUGGAAGCACCAGGGCCAAGUGCCCCCUUGCACCAGGCUUGCGAGGAGACUGCCCCACCACCAAAGAACUGCUUCCGACUGGUAAUGUUGGGGUCAGCACGAGUCGGGAAGACGUCCCUUGUGGCCCGUUUCUUGGGGAACAAGUUCGAGGAUAGCUACACACCCACUAUCGAGGACUUUCAUCGCAAAUUGUAUAGAAUUCGAGGUGAAGUGUACCAACUGGAUUUAUUGGACACCUCGGGAAAUCACCCCUUCCCUGCGAUGCGGCGACUUUCCUUCUUGACUGGCGAUUUAUUCGUACUAGUAUUUGGAAUGGACUGUCGAGAAUCUUUCGAGGAGGUGAUACGGUUACGCGAGCAAAUCCUGGAGACCAAGGCUAGUGCGAGCAGCGGUAACUGUCGUGGACGUCGGCAAGCUCCGAGGGUACCUAUGGCCAUCGCAGGCAACAAAUGUGACAGGGAGGUCAGAACGGUGCAAGCGGAGGAAGCAACCGCCUACUGUGCAACACAAGACUCUACCUGCAUUUUCAUGGAAACUUCGGCGAAGAAAAACUUUCACGUUGACGACUUAUUCUAUGAACUAUUCGUAGUUGCCAACUUACCUUUAGAAAUGGCUCCUAAUCAUCAUAAAAGAGUGAACGCAGCGUUCGGGAGCCCCUGUACAUUACCACCCGCCAGUAGCCAAAGUAGUAGAAGUAAGAAAUGUACUCUAUCUAUUAAAAGAAGACUGUCAGAUGCGUGCGGAGUGGUAGCCCCUAAUGUUAGACGGCCUAGUAUUAGAACAGAUCUGAUGAUUAUGAGAACGAAGACGUGUGCCAAAGGUGAGGGAGAUGGAGUCGGUGGGAGUCCCAAGCUCAAUCUGAAUCGUCUUGUAAGGUCUAACGCCCAAACUGACAAAAGAACGUGUAUUAUACAGUAAAUGAAUAUAAAAUCUAUUUGAGACAGACCGUCUUGUGUGUUGAUAUUUAGUCUAUAUUUGUCACAAUGCAAACGUUAUGAGGAAAUUUGGACUAAUAUGGUCUAAAACAUCGUUUCUCAAACAAAACUCGACCCGAGGGUCGCGACCCACGCUUGAGAAACGAAAGACUCUUAACUAUUUUCAAAAUAUCUGUUUAUACAGCUGCUUGCUUUUGAAACGUUUUCUUCCUAAUCCAAUUAUAUUUUUAUUACCUCUUUUAAGAAAAUUAUAACUAAAUGUUUAUAUAAAAAAGGUGCUAGGAAGGACUCAAGCUAACAAUUAAGAGUAUUUAGCAAAAAGUUUUUGUUUUUAAAUUAUACCCUACAUUACAUAUACACUUCAUUCAAGCCACCCUAAACAAAUAUAUAAUAGGUUUCAAGUGUAUUCUUUUGCAUAUUAUGUUUUUAGAACAGACCACGCAUUUUGUAAUUGCGAAAUAUCGAGGCAAUUUUAAAAUUUUC